AAUGAAAUUAGGGUUUUGUUCUCCCCGUUGCAGCAUCAGAGAAGGGGAAACAUGGUUUCGCUGAAACUGCAGAAGCGGCUUGCAGCCAGCGUGCUCAAGUGCGGAAGAGGAAAGGUGUGGCUUGACCCCAAUGAAGUCAACGACAUCUCCAUGGCCAAUUCUCGGCAAAACAUCAGGAAGUUGGUUAAGGAUGGGUUUAUCAUUAGGAAGCCAACCAAGAUUCACUCCCGAUCACGUGCUCGUAGGAUGAAGGAGGCAAAGAGGAAGGGCCGUCAUUCUGGAUAUGGUAAGCGUAAGGGUACAAGGGAGGCAAGGCUUCCCACAAAGAUACUCUGGAUGAGAAGGAUGCGUGUGCUCAGACGGUUGCUUCGCAAGUACAGGGAGUCAAAGAAAAUUGACAAACACAUGUACCAUGAUAUGUACAUGAAGGUCAAAGGUAAUGUUUUCAAAAACAAGAGGGUUUUGAUGGAGAGCAUUCACAAGUCUAAGGCUGAGAAGGCCAGAGAGAAGACCUUGUCUGAUCAGUUUGAGGCUAAGCGUGCAAAGAACAAGGCUAGCAGGGAACGGAAAAUUGCACGGAGGGAGGAGCGCUUAGCCCAAGGUCCCGUUGAUAAGGCAUCUACAGCACCCAGUGCCCCAGCACCCCAACCUGCCCAAGCGCCAAAGAAAUCCAAGAAGUGAGUAUUUUUGAUGAAUCUUUGACUGUACCCGAAAUUUUCUCUGCAAAAAUAGUUACGAGGAGUAUGUUUCUAAACUUUUUUUUGUAAGUUUUGUUUGUACGAGAACAUUUUAUCUUGUAUACUUUAAACUAUAUGUUUUGUCAGUUUUUACUGUUUUACGUAUUAAGAUUCACUAGUUUUUUGAA